UAGCUACGGAGGCUGUGGCUCUUCGCUGGCCUGUAAGUGUCUUGCCUUCCUUCUGGUAGGAGUUGCUGCUCCUUGUCCCAGAGGUCAGCAGACCCCUCUUGAGGGCGCCGGGGUGGAGGGGUGGCUCUCCAGGCCUCUUCCUCCCCCUCCCCACUGGCUGGGUGGGGGUGGGAAGGGGGCGGGUGCAGCCAGGCUGAGCCUGAUGAUUUCCUGCCCUCACUCGGGGCUCACCACAGCUUCCUGCCACAGGCGGGCAGGCGCUGAGAGAAGCAGGCGCCUAGCCGAGUGGCAGGUAGGGCUGGGGCGCAGCGGCUGCGCAGGGGGACCGGCACCCCACACUCCGGCCCAAAGCCUGGCCGGAGGGCCUGGGGAUCACGGGGCUUCCCCCAGCCAGUGCUGACGCCCCCCACGCCACCGAACAAGGGGAGGGGGCCCAGCGACAGGCCCAAGGAAGGCAUAGCUGCUGACGCUCAGGCUUCCAGGCUGGUGCCCAUUCAGCUCCCGCACCCCUGCUGGCCCAGCCCUCACCCCGUGGCAGCUCAGCCCUCGAGGGUGUGCGGCGGGCAGCCGGGCCUAGUGCACGACGUCUGCUGCAGAUGGAGGCCGUGGUCCUCAUCCCCUACGUGCUGGGCCUCGUCUUGCUGCCUCUCCUGGCCGUGGCCCUGUGCGUGCGCUGCCGGGAGCUGCCAGGCUCUUAUGACACUGCGGCCUCUGACAGCCUGACCCCAAGUAGCAUCGUGCUCAAACGACCUCCCACAGUCGUGCCCUGGCCAUCAGCUGCCUCCUAUGGGCCUGUGACCUCCUAUCCACCCCUGAGCCAGCCAGACCUGCUCCCUAUCCCGAGGUCCCCACAGCCCCCCCGCAUGCCGUCCUCCCGGCAGGACUCAGAUGGUGCCAACAGCGUGGCAAGCUAUGAGAACGAGGGUACGUCUGGGGCCCCAGGUGCCCUGCUCGCAGGGAGGCUGGUGCCUGGCCUGGGCCCUGCUGAUCGCUGUGUCACUACCCCAGCACCCGUCUGUGAGGACGACGACGAGGAUGAGGAGGACUAUCCCAAUGCAGGCUACUUGGAGGUGCUUCCCGACAGCACACCGGCCACCAGCACCGCUGUCCCACCAGCUCCUGUGCCCAGCAAACCCGGCCUCCGAGACAGCGCCUUCUCCAUGGAGUCCGGGGAGGAUUAUGUGAAUGUUCCUGAGAGCGAGGAGAGUGCAGAUGCGUCUCUGGAUGGGAGCCGGGAGUAUGUGAACGUGUCCCAGGAGCUGCCGCCCAUGGCUAGGACUGAACCUGCUGUCCUGAGCUCCCAGAAGGUGGAGGAUGAGGACGACGAAGAGGAAGAGGGAGCUCCAGAUUAUGAGAAUCUGCAGGGCCUUAACUGAGGGUCUGUGUGAGGCCAAGCCCGACCUGGAACCAGCCUCGCCGGGAGCCCCCCACCCCCACUGAGCUGGGCGGCCGGCAGGGCUCUGGAUGGGGGCCCUACAUGGCACCCCGCCCUGAUGCCAGCCUGAGAUCAGUCUGAGAGUCUCCCCCCUAACUUAUUGUCACUUUGGGGUAUAGCCUGUGUGCCCCCAGCACUGCACCUUCUGACGUAGCCUGAGAAUGAACUACCCUGGCCCCGGCUCUAUUCUGCAGGAGAAUAAAGGCUGAUGUGGUCUGUA